GUGCGGGUCUGCGUGUGUGCGUGUGUGUGCGGUGGUGGCGGCGGCGGCGGCGGCAGAAGCGGUGGCGGGGGGGGACACCCGCAAAACGGAUACCUCAAAAAGGAAGGAUGUGAAAAAGGAUGGAGGGACGCAGGAAAAGAGGGGGGAAAGGCUGGUGAAAAACAGCACCCUCUCUUAGUGCGAUAUAUAUCUGCCUCCCCCCCUCGGCAGGUUGCCAUGGUCGCCAUACCUACUCUCUCUCUCCUAUUGGUCCUGGCAGAGUGGGCAGGUCUGGUGGACGCCUCCCCCCACCUCCUGCUCCGGCCCAGCCCGCGGGAGCGUGAUGCAGGGGCCAUGAUGAACUUCAACAUCGCCGUGAUCCACGCCGGUGCUACGGUGCAGGCGGAGGCAGCAGUGGCGGGGCCUGGAGGAAGGGUGCUCUACCCCGGCUUCGGCCGGGUAUACGGCUCCCUGGGGGAGAGCGUAGUCACCCAGUGGGGCUCUGCUAACGUCAUCUGGCUACAGGUGAAUGACAGUAGUCCUAAGACGGUGCUGUCCCAGCUGUGUGAGCUGCUGGCGGCGCGGCCCCUGCAGGGUCUGGUUUAUGAAGAGGAGAGGCCACCUCGCACGGCCUGGGGUCCUUUAGCCCCCAUGCUGGAGUUUGUCUCUGCGCAAACAGGACUGCCCAUUGUGGCUGUAGGAGGGGGAGCGGGGCUGGGGAGGAUGCCACAGGAAUCAGGUUCCAUCUUUCUCCAGUUCAGCUCCUCUACUGCCCUCCAAUUAGAGGUCAUCUUUGAGGUGCUUGAGGAGUAUGACUGGACUGCCUUUUCUGUGGUGUCCACGCGUCACCAUGGCUACCAGGACUUCCUGUCUGUGGUGGAGGGCCUGACGGACGGUUCGUUCAUCGGCUGGGAGAAGAAGAGUGUGGUGAUCCUGAACGUGACCGACGACCCUGGGGGGGCACGCACGCGCAGGCUGCUGAAGGAGAACGAGGCGCAGGUGAGACAGGGGGGAGGGAGGGGGGAAAGGGGGGAGGAAAGGGGAGGAAGUGCUGCGAGUAUCAUUGGGGGGCCUCCUUUCUAUGGCCUUUUCUAUCCAACCUCCUCCCCUGCCGUUCAGGUGCACCUCUGCUCCAGCUCUAUCUUUCUCCCCUUACUUCUCCCACCCUCUGUCUCUCUCCAUGUCUGCCCCUGUCCCCUCCUUAUCUCACUAGCGUGUAUGUGUGUGUGUGUCUCCCCUCGUCCCUGUUCCCUCCCUGCACUUCCUGCUGUCCUCCAGGUACGUUUGCUGUACUGCUCCCAGGAGGAGGCUGAGCUGGUUUUCCGAGCCGCCUGGGCCGCCGGUCAGGCCGGAGCCUCGCACAUGUGGUUCGCUGUGGGCCCAGCUCUCUCAGGUUUGGGCAUGGAGAACUUGCCGCGGGCUCUGUUUGCCGUGCGGCCCCAGGGCUGGAGGGACGAGCCUCGUCGGAGGAUUGCUCGGGGUGUGUCGGUGCUGACUCAUGGGGCAGUGGCGACACGCAAGGAUUAUGGGACCACAGGCGGGCCGAACUUUGUCACCAACUGCAUGACGGAUGCCAAUCAGACCCAGAGACUGCGCGGCAGGAUGAGUCUUUUUUCUGUCAUUUACUUACCGUCUGCCUUCUCCUUGUGCAUAUAUCCAUCACCAUGCAGGUAUUUCAGCAACAUCACGCUUGGUGGUCGAGACUACUCCUUCAAUAGUGAUGGCUACCUGUCCAACCCCUUCCUGGAUGUAAUUUCCUGGACACCUGGACGUGGAUGGGAAGAUGUAGGCUGGUGGGAGAAUGGCGUACUAAGGCUUCGAUACCCAGCUUGGUCCCGCUAUGGGCCAUUCCUUAAACCACCUGAUGAUGCCCAGCACCUGCGUGUUGUCACACUGGAGGAAAGGCCAUUUGUCAUUGUGGAGCUGGCCGAUCCCGCAUCCGGGACCUGCAUCCGAGACUCAGUGCCCUGCAGACGACCUCUAAAUGCCAGUGCCAUCCAUGAGGGUGUGGCCCCCAUGAAACAGUGCUGCAAGGGCUUCUGCAUUGACAUCCUCAAGAGACUGGCUAAGAUUGUCGGCUUCACCUAUGACCUUUACUUAGUGACCAAUGGGAAACAUGGAAAGAAAAUUGAUGGGGUUUGGAAUGGCAUGAUUGGAGAGGUGGUGUACAAGCGAGCAGACAUGGCCAUUGGUUCGCUGACUAUCAAUGAGGAGAGGUCAGAGGUCGUGGAUUUCUCUGUCCCUUUUGUGGAGACGGGAAUCAGUGUAAUGGUCUCCCGUAGCAACGGAACUGUCUCACCAUCCGCUUUCUUAGAGCCCUACAGUCCAGCGGUGUGGGUGAUGAUGUUCGUCAUGUGCCUGACCGUGGUAGCUGUGACCGUCUUCAUUUUUGAGUUCUUCAGCCCUGUGGGCUACAACCGAAGUCUCCAGACUGGCAAGAAGGCUGGAGGUUCCACUUUCACUAUAGGGAAGUCCGUAUGGCUUUUGUGGGCCAUUGUCUUCAACAACUCUGUGCCAGUAGAGAACCCCAGAGGAACCACCAGCAAGAUCAUGGUGCUGAUCUGGGCCUUCUUUGCUGUCAUCUUUCUUGCCUCCUACACUGCUAACCUGGCUGCCUUCAUGAUCCAGGAGGAGUACAUUGACACAGUGUCAGGCCUCUCGGACAAGAAGUUUCAGCAUCCCGAGGAGCAGUACCCACCUCUGAAGUUUGGCACAGUGCCCAACGGGAGCACAGAAAAGAACAUCCGCUCCAACUACCCAGACAUGCACCAGUACAUGGGCAAAUACAACCAGAGAGGAGUGGAGGACGCCAUUCUGAACCUCAAGACCGGGAAACUGGAUGCUUUUAUUUAUGAUGCUGCAGUAUUGAACUAUAUGGCCAGGAAGGACGAAGGUUGUAAGGUGAUGACCAUAGGCUCGGGGAAGGUUUUUGCCACCACAGGCUACGGUAUCGCCCUGCACAAAAACUCACGCUGGAAACGUCCUCUUGACCUGGCCCUGCUGCAGCUGGUGGGAGAUGAUGAAAUUGAGAUGCUGGAGCGCCUCUGGCUGUCUGGUAUCUGUCAUAAUGACAAAAUUGAGGUGAUGAGCAGUAAACUGGAUAUUGACAACAUGGCUGGGGUCUUCUACAUGCUGCUGGUGGCCAUGGGCCUGAGUCUGCUGGUGUUUGCCUGGGAGCACUUGGUCUACUGGAAGCUGCGCCAUUGCAUGGCCACCAGCUCGGGAAAAUUGGACUUUCUCCUUGCAAUCAGCAGGGGCAUGUAUAGCUGCUGUAGCUUUGAGGAUGAAACAGCACCAGGUGGAGCUAAAUCUCUGCCUACUCAUCAUCAUACAGCAAUGGUUACAGUCCCAUCCCAGCCACAUGUUGUCUCAACCUCUAUGACGAAUCCAGCUAUUGCUAUGGCGCAACAGCAGCAGCCACCACAACAGCAACCACCACAGCCCGUCUACAAAACACCUCUACCGGGCUCUCCUCCCACCGUGGUGCAUUCUGGGACAGCACUGGGUCCCUCCACCACCCCCAUUGUGGGUGCACCCCUCCCUUGCUCCACCUUCCUGCCCCGGCCAGACCGAAGACUGGCUGUGGUGGAUCGCUGGAGGCUGCCCAAAACUGCUACAGCCACCAACCCAAUGGCUGUUAGGGGGGCCAUCACUGACAUGGGACCCUUUGCUCAGAAAGUCCCACCAAACUGGGUUUCUACUGCUGGAGGGGGUGGGGGUCUUGAUGGUUAUAAGAGAUACUAUGGUCCCAUUGACCCUGAGGGACUGGGGCCCUGCAUGGAGCAGCAGGCAGGGUCCCAGACCCCCAAGACUAUGCCCAGGGGCCACCCCCAGCCCCCUCCAGCCAGUGUGGCCUUCUACUCAGAGAAGGGCAUGGACCACGGGGUGGGGAAGAGGGUGGUGGGAAGUGGCAGCGGAAGUCAGGGGAAAGGGGCCGUUAAACCUCUGGGAACUCCCAGACUGCCUCCUAAGAGUCAGGCCCCUCUGCCUCCUACACCCCCGCUGCCACACCCCUCUCCCCCUCUCCCCUCAUCCUUCUGGAGGAAGCGCAGGCCCAAGAAGCCCAAAGAGCCUGGAGGGCCACUAUACGAGAACAUUUUGCCCCUGGGGCGGAGGGGAGGAGCACGAGAUGGAGUGAGGGAGGGCGGAGGGAGGAGGGCACGCCCCCUCUCUCCCCCGCUCUCACUUCCUGUGCCAGUACCCCUCAGCCCCUCUUACACCCCUCCUUCGCCCUCUGCAUCCUUGCACUACACGUCCUCAUCCUCGUCGUCGACAACCUCAUCCACAUCCACAUCCUCAUCUGCCUCAUCGUCUCGCUCCACCUCUCCUACUUACUCUUACAGCUCCUCCAGGAGCACACGAGACAGAACUGGAGGAAUAGAUGGAGAGGAUGAUGAUGACGAUGAGGAGCUGACGGAAGAGUCUAGCCUCCUCCUUGGCAGGGGGAGAGAAAGGGAACGCUCAAUCAUCCGGCCUCGUUCCCUCAGCCACGGGCGCCUGCCACCACCCAUACCCCCCAGGAAACCACGCACAUCCUGGGGUGACAGAGAAAGGGAACGAGAGAGGGAGAGAGGAGGAAGCCAAUUGUCUCAGCUCCAAGAGUGGUGGGCAAGCUGGAGUGAGAGAGAGAGGAGCGGAGGAGAUGCUGAGAGGCAAAAAAGGGAAAAGAAGAGGCGAAAAGAGAAGGAGAAAGAGAAGAAGAAAAAGAAAAAGAACAAAAAGAGGAAAAAGAGGGAAGAAAGAGAAAGAGAGCGAGAGAGAGAGAGGAAGCGCAGAAAGGUUAAAAAGAAGAAGAAGAAGGCACUUAAGACAAAGAAAAGAAAGAAGUCAAUUGGGGGGAGACGCUCUGAGCCAGAGGAGGGAGAUGUAGAGCCAGAUAGAGAAGGGGAGGCAGAAGGAGAGAGGGAAGGAGGAAUACAAGACUACUCAUCCUUCUCUGCCCAGUACCGGCAGGGCACAUUUGGGGACAAGGGGCGAGAUUCAUGGGACGGAGAGCGGGAGAGGGGUAGGAGAGAAGUAGGAGAUGAGGGAAAUGAUAGGGAACAGGAAGACAGCAGCAGGAGCAGGGAGAGGCGUCCCAAAUCCUCACGCCCUCAUUCCAGACAUCAUACCCCCAGUAAGCGCUACCCUAACCUCAACAAACUCCCUGCAUCAGUCAAAUUUUGGGUGAAUGGAAGAGGAGAUGAUUCUAAUACUCCUCCAACAUCCCUGCACCCACUCCUUCCAUCCUCCAAGCGGAGAAGAAGUGGAGGAAUGGACAGGGAUGACAGCAGUAGACUUGGAGAGCGGCGUCCUUUGUUAAUGCAUUAUGAAAAAGAGAAAGCACAGACAAGAGAUGGGCUGUCCUUCCAUGAGUGGGACUCUGAGGAUGACGAGGACAAUGAUGAUGAUGAAGAGGAAGAGAGAGACAGAGUGAGGGAACGAGUGGAGGAGAGAGGUAGGAGAGCAGGUAGGGGGGCAGUAUCUGAGUCAGAGAGAGACAGGGCCAGGGCAGAGGACAGUUAUUCAGAUGAGGGCUCGUCAGGGGAGUUUGGCCGUUUUGAAAGAUACUGGGAGGGAGGUGCAGGGGGAAGCAGCGCUGGAAUAGGGGGCAUAGGCGGAGGAGGGUGGUUCUUUGGCACCUACCCCUCCAGAGAGAAAGGGGGAAGUAUCAACAGUCGGGAUGAUUCCUUACUAGGAACUCGGGCAGAGGGUUGGAUUGGUGCUGAUUUCUGGGGUUCAGGGCCAGGAGUAGGUUGGGGUUCAGGUGGAGGGAGCGGAGGGCUCGGCUCACAGUGGCCACCACCCCCUGCAGCCUUCCCUCCUCCUAGAAGAUACUGGUCUAUGGACAAGAUUCCUGUGAAGGGAGAGAAAAAAUGGAAGAGUGGAGGAGGAAAGAGCAAGGGGCGAGCUAGGGACAGAGGGGAAGAAGCAGGACGUGCCACCAUGUGCUCCUGUAGCCUUUAUCCCCAACCCCAUCCUUACCCGCAUCCCCACAGCCGCUCGCACACUUCCCACUCUAAGAGAGGAGCCACGGCGCUUUCUCAUAGCCAGGAAGAGCUUCUCCCCCACUGCCACAGCUUCAGCGGGGGUUCUCGCCCCAAGCCUCUGCCCCCCAAACCAGACAGUCAGGCCAAAUCAGGCAGCCAAUCUAACCUCAGCCUCAGCACACAGCCCACAGACCAUCCACCGCAGCCCUCACCGUCACCACCCCAGCAGCCGUCCAUGUCUCCCAGCUCUCUCCCGAUGCCCAUCCCACCUCCGCCCUCCUCAUCCUCCGUCUCACCACCAGCAGGGGUAGGGAUGGCAGGCCAGGGCCAGGCACAGGCUUCGGCCAGCGCCAAACUCCAGUAUCAGAGACUGCGCUCGGUGCCACAGCCACGGAGGUUCUACUCCCCCCACCUGCCACUCAAAGCCAAGAGCCUGUGCUCACGCCGAGGGUCAGCCCACUUCUCCAGCCUGGAGAGCGAGGUAUGACAGGGGGAGAGGAGAGAGGGAGACGUGGGAGCGAGCACCACUGCUAUUGAGAACCGUGGUGCCACGGCAGCUGCAGCCAGGGAUGACACCAGAGAUGUGGCUGCCUCGGUGGCCAUAGGUAAUCAAUUAGCAAACAUCACUGCGGGAACUAAUAUGGACAGUAGUUCUACUGCCAACACUACUCUGUGUGAGAGCAACACCAACGCCACCCGCUCCAUUGUACGCGUUCUAGUGAAGGCGACAGUGAGACGCCACACCAGGGUGAGCUACAUCCGUUUGGAUGGUUCCUAUGACAACGUGAGUGAAGGCGAGACUGCAUCACCGGGGACUGCAGCUCCUGAACUUCUUCUCCGCUCAGAAUUGAGCUUUGUGAUGUCAUCUUCGGUUCUCCUCCCCUCCCCGAGUCACAACUAUGGAUAAGAGUAGUCUCCAACCUGUGAGUAAUGAUGUCAUAUUUGUACACACAAACACACACAUGCACGGGCACACACACAUGCACAGAUAUAUGCUCAAAACGUCUCCCUCCCUCUGGCUUUGAGAACACACCUCGGUGGGAUGUGGAGAGGCCCACCCUCUCCCAAAAGAGACCAGUGUUGGUCAAUAGACUCUGGCUCCCAGUCCACAUUGGCUGUUGGCUUUUGAACUGGAUUGGUGGACUGCCUCUUGGUGUUGGAGAGACUGCCCCCUCCUCCCUUUUGUAAAUCAGUUGAUAGGAAAAGCAAUGCAGUCAGCUCUCUCAUGCACUCUGUCUGCCUGAUCACCUUUCACUGGACAGUGAGGACAGUGCUGUUUAUUUGCCCACAGUGACCUCAUGACACCAUCAGACCCAUCUAGCUCUACCCCAGGACCAUCUACGUGAUGUCAUGUUUUACUAGAAACCCUUUUAAACAAUCAGAACAGGAACCACUUCUCCUCCUCCCUGUUGGAGCUUGUCAUGUCACCUCUGGUCCAACCAGAGCUCGAACACAAUUGAGUAUCAAGUAUUUGAACAACAAACUGAACUUCAAAAGAGAAAUAACAAUAAGAACAAAAAAGACAUGUAGCAGAUUUUCUUUUACGUCUGUCUUUUCUUUUCUUUCUUACUCAGACUUUUUCUGCCCAUGCCCUCUUUUUUAUUCUAUCAAUAUAUUUCUCUCACUGUGUUAGUGUUUUAAUAAAGAGGUGGCUGGAUGUGGCUAGUAUUGGAAGUGGGAAUGAUUCAAUAGCAGUGCCAAAUUUCCACUUAAGAGCUUUUAAGCAAGAUUGGGUUUCAAGUAAUUUGUUUUCAUUGAUAAAGCCCUGUCUUUUCUUUCCUCAUGUGAACAACACAUAAUUCACCAUCAUGUAAGUGGAUCAAGGGGAUGAUUGGUGCAAUAUCAGUAAUUGGCACUAGAUGGCUGCAUAAUAUUCAAAUAAGCUUUGGAGAUGAUUGACCAAAAGCGCCUGGUGAGUUUAAUAAUUGUAGCUACAUGAUGCAGAGCAAUGAGCAUGCUGCUAUGAACUUUAUUAUUUUUAUGAAAGUGGUCAGGAUUUAUUCAGAGUAAGUAAGGGGGAUUAAAACCAAGUGCAGUGUAUUGUAAAAGUUCUCUUAGGAUGUUAUUGUAUUUCAUCACCACACUGUACCUUGGUAGAGUUUGUAGAUGAUGGAUUAUAUGAAGCACAAUUAUUCAUUGUAUUUUUUUCAGACAUGUGUGCCAUAGCUGCAACUGCACAAUCUACAGGUUAACAUAUUUUGCUGGUAUGUGGUAAGCUAAUCACUUGACAUCUACUCAUGUUGCUAUUAUGGACAGUAAAACUCACUGUAACCAAGGUUCAAAUAACGAAGUAUCACAGAUACUUGUGCUGAGGAAAUUAUCUUUUACUUUGACUAUUUCCUUUCUGCUAAUAAGACUGAACAAUAUACUGUGAAUGCUUUGAGUUCCAAAUUUAAGGUGCAUAUAUAAAAGCUGAGACUUCACUCAAUGCAGUCAGUAAUAACUCCUGUUAUCAAGAUUAUCAGAUGACUGUUUGACUUUAAGCAAUAUUCCCACCUUCAAUGUGAAAGGGAUGCAAAGGUACAUCUGUUUGCAUCUGAGACAUUGUAAUUGUUUUUCCUCUAGUUUAAAAUGAGAUCAUUUGUUUCAGCCAGAGUCAGGUGUUCCACAUCUUCAGUGAUUUUCCCUUCGGUGGGAUAGGUUUCAUCUAAUUUGGUCAGAUUGCGAAUGUAAUAAAUUAGUCCACAGCACCUGGCUCUGGCUGACCAAUAUGAAUAUGAAAUGCUAUGUGUUCAAGAGCGAGUAGUGAACUCUAGCAUUGUACCCUCUGUAAGCUGUGCCAAAAGCCAUCUACUGUGUAAACUGUGCCAGUGUUACCAACAUUGCAAUGCAUACACUCCAUUUUCAUAAGGUCAACACAUCCACCUCAUUUCUCACACUAAGACCAGCCACAGUCCAGCUCUUCUUCUAUUGUAGUUGAAUGUAGCUUUGACAUGAUGUAGCAAAAGAACACCUACUUUUAGACUUUGUAGCUUUUUGGAUGCUGUUGAUAAUGGAUAGAAGGAGGGGGAGGGGGUUGACUUGCUAUGUAAGGGACUGUGCGUUGUGUUUGUGCAUGUCGUCACAGAUCGAAGGGUUAGUUGACCUUCUCAAUUCCCCUUUUAACUUCUUUGCCUUUCAAUGAGGGCAGACUGUACCUUUUAUCUGCACAUGGAUUGCUUUUUUUCUAGGUCUGCGUGGGGCAAUUUUUAAAACAAUCUGUCUUUGUUUUUAGAGAAAUGCUUUUGCCUUUUCCCAUCCUUUGGAAAGCCCCAGAAUCAUUGCAUGUUUAGCUGAAUGAAAUCUCAAAGAUUUGUGGUGGGAGUGGUUGUGUAGUUCAAUUUUAGCAAAUGCUUAGGACCCAGGGCAGCCACCUUUCAUUGAGGUAGUAAAGCUCGUUGACUCUGCACCCCGACAGUGGAAACCACGGCUUCCUGUCUAGUUGAACACAGUCAUUUUCAACCAAUCAACAGGGCUUAAACCUGGUAUGUCAUUGAGCAUUAUUGAUUUCUUGAGGCGCUAAUACUUAAGUCUGUGACUGCAUGAACAGAAGUGACUCUUUAAAACCCUCUGGCUUAUUUUGUUUUAUUUAUUUUAUUUUAUGCUGAGAAAAAAGAAUAUAUUAAAAUAUACUAUGUUUUUGAGAAUGUACCAUGUUAUACUGUGAUUUAACUGAGAUAUUUUAUUGUAUUCAAUUAUCAUUUGAAUUCUAUCAUUUAUCUAUAAAGAAAUAUAUAUGUACAAAUAAAUAUAUACAUAUAUAUACAUACAGGUAUAUAUAUAUAUUAGUUAAGUUUGGUAUAUUUGGAGGAAGUGUUAGAUGAAAUAGUUUUAAAUGUUUUAGCUUUGUAGCGAUUCUAGACACUGAAAUCAUUUUUGAAUUUCGAUUCCUCCUAUAUGACUGUGAAGACAUUAGUGCCUGUGACAAAAAAGACAAGUAAAAGUCUAAACUCUCUAUUCAUCUGUAUCUACAAUAGCUAUCAGUCUGUCACUCCUCUCGUACUACCUAACAUUACUUUUUGAAACUCACUGCUUUCACACAUUAGUAUGUUUCUCUCACACAGUCUGCUGUCUCUUUUGCUUUCUCCUGCUCAGCUCUGCAGUUCCUUCUCCUGGUUUUCAUUAACGAGCUACAAACAUUCUCCGCCUCUCCUCUUUUAAAAAUUUGAUCAUAUGGUGAUCACAUCUCUUUGUUAAUUAACCCAUCCAUUGACCUUUGCUUUAUUCCUUUGAUCACCUCCUCUUUAAAUCAGCUCAUUCCUCUGUCUGUCUCUCACUUAGCAAAAAACAGAGACCAGUAGAUACUGUGUUCUUGCUCCUUUUGACUGAUUGUUGAUGAUGAUGAUCAAUUAAUUGAUUGAUGAAAUAAUUAAUGAACAAUGUUACUAUUA